UUAAAGUGUAAAUUCGAUAUUUGUAGUUGUCAAAUCGGUCUAUAAUGGCUGGGAUUAAAGGUUAUUGGUCGUAUGCUUGUCCGUCUAUGCACGCAACAUUUCUCGUUAGAUUUAAACGAAAAUUACAUUUCCUGUACGAGUUCGACAAGAAAGUCGAAUUAAAAAUGAUACGUCAAAACAUAACCUUACUAUUGUUUUUGUAACUCGAGAUGUUUCUGUAAACGUACUGCCUGUGUUUACAAAAUUUGUUUUCGAUACAGUCUCGCGAAAGAAUUUCAAUUAGCAGACAAUAUGUUUAUAUUUUCACCGAAAGAGCAUCGUUAUAAAUUUGUUUACUAUCGUUUUUAACUAUACUUUUUAAAAUAUUUUAGGUAAAAGAAAUUCCCCACUGUUCUUGCAAAUCAGAGACGAAUAUUGCGAUAAAGAUUUCGUGUAACAUGAUUGUUUAUAAUUUGAAAUUGAAAGUGAUAUAUCUACUAUUUAUAUAAAUUAUUUUUGUUUUUGUUCCAUGCGUUUAAUGGGCUCCUUUAACGAACAGCUAAUUUUGGCAUUCGCUGGGUCUGUCGGUAUGACGUUUGUCAUACUCAGCUGCGCGUUACCUGCAUACAAAGUUUGGUGGCCAUUUUUUGUUGUGUUAUUCUAUGUAUUGGCACCGCUUCCGACCAUAAUCGCACGUCGCUACACAGAUGAUGUAGGAAAUACUGCCAAUCCGUGUUUGGAAUUGGCUAUAUUUAUAACUAUGGGGUUCGUUGUGUCAUCUUUUGCUCUUCCUAUUGUAUUAGCACGAUCUCCAGCUCACGACCCAGUGAUACAAUGGGGCGCUUGUUACUUGACUUUAGCAGGUAACGUUGUGGUAUACCUAACUCUAAUUGGACUUUUUGUAACCUUCGAUAUAGACGAUAUCGAUUACAAUACAUGGUGAAAUGUACUUGGUCAUACUUAUUUAUUAAUAUUACAUGGUUUUUUUACAAGAGAAAAGGAAGGAUGUAAAUCGUACACAGCAGUGACUGACAGUUAUCCGUUAAUUCUAAGUCAUCGCAGAAUUUAUAGUAUACUAUUUAUACGAUAUAAAUAUUAUUAUAAACUGUCUAUAUUAUAGUCAAUACUAAUGCUAUCGCUCGGCGAUUAAAGGUUCAAUUUUUAAUGGCGUAGAUCUUCUCAUAAACUUCUCUGAACGAUAUUAGGUGCACAAAUUAUAACGAAACACGUGAAAUCUUAUUAAACCUAUGUUUUCGAUAAUAGCGAUAGUAUUAAUAAAGCCACCAUUCAUUAUGUUAUACGUUAUUCUUAAAACUUAAUACUUAUGAAAUAAGAAUUGUAGACUAAUACUCUAUAAAUAAUUUACAAAUAUUUUGUAUAUUGCUAAUAUAGUAGCUAUGGUGAAUAAAACAACAAACUUCAAGUGACAAUGAAAUGAAUGUAAAACAAUGAUCGUCGCAAUGUAAAAGAGAUAUAAAUAUAUAUACGUAUACGUAAGAAAACAGAAA